AUGAUAUCAGAAAUUAAUGCAGCUAUUGAACAAAACGAUUUCCAACGAGUAAAAGUCUUAGUUGAAGCUAUCGUUGAACAACACACAAAUACAUUUCAUUUUGACACCUAUCAUGCCGACAAUACUUUCAAACAGUUAUGGGAAUCUAUGUUCCUAUGUUUGGCCGCAGACAGUUACAAAUGUAUUCACAAACAAUGUUUAACGUGCAUUCGGCUUCUGAGCCGAGACAAAACACAUUUAAAAGAUAUUAUAAUUGAACAACACGUAAACAUUCUACUUCAGUGUGCUAAUCUUGUUGAAGACACAUUAUGCAUAGUAAUUACAACCGAAAAUACAGACGUUAUCGUAGAAGGCCUGAAAUGUCUGUGUAAUAUAGUCUAUAAUUGUGACACUGCACAAGAAGUAUGCUGUUCGAACAAAACUGUUGAUUGCAUUGUGCUCAGACUAAGAACAUAUUUUGAACAGAAUAUUCCAUAUGCCAUAAAAUAUUUUGACAUCAAACUUUUAUUUCUUUUAACGGCAUUUAACAAGGAUAUAAGAUUAAAAAUCACAGAAGAGUUACAUGGUCUCACAUACCUAACAGAAGUCUUGGACAAUAUAUUACGUGACACUAUUGAAGAUGCAUCCAAAAACAAUUCAUCUAGCUUACAGGAAGAUAAUGUGUUACUCAGCUGUGAAAUACUGAAAACUUUAUUCAACUUGACCGUAAUCCCAAUCAGUGAGUCAUCUGAGGAAGAUGAUUAUUCUAUUUGGAUUAGAUUGAUUUCUAUAUUACGUGACCUGCUUGUCACCUCAACUUUUGUCCCAUUAUUUCAAGAUAACAUCAUUUGCAAUGUUGUCAACUUGUUGACAAAUGUACCACCACCUUGUUUGGAUCAAUUGCUGGUUAAAAGUCAUUGGUGUGACGUUGAUGCUUUAAAAGUGAUAGUGAAUUUUCUUGACACCCGAUUGUGUAGUACAGAGAAUCCAUUAUAUGAACAUAUAUCACCAGCAUUGAUGGUAUUAUUAAAAGGAUCAAGAUCUAUUGCAAAAUUCCGUUGUGAAGUUCGACAACAAAUUUUACCUCCAUUGAAAGAUGUUAUCAAUCGACCUGAACAGGGAAAUACAUUGCGUAAUAAAUUGUGUCGUUUGCUCACUACACCCAAUGUGAGUCUUCGCGACUUGGUUGCUGAACUGUUAUUUGUCUUAUGUAAAGAAAAUGUGGGUCGUAUGAUCAAGUAUACAGGAUUUGGUAAUGCGGCUGGUUUAUUUGCAAAUCGAGGAUUACUUUGUAAAACUUCAAAUCCAGAUUACUCGUCAGAUAGUGAAGAUAGUGAUACAGAAGAAUACCUAACAUACAAAGACCAAAUAAAUCCAGUUCUCGGUUGUUAUGAACCACCAAAACCUAAUCCAUUUGAGUGUAUGUCUGUUGAACAACAAGAACACGAAGUAAUGCAGUUGGUUUCUAAAAUGGAUAAACUCACUAGGGAAGGAGUGAUACAGCCGUGUAAAAUUGGUGAUGAUGGACGACCAAAACCUAUUGAACAUGUUCUUCAACUUCAAGAAGAAUUAAUGAAUCAUUUUACUAACAUUAAAAAUAAAGAUGGACCAGAUGAUGAGAGUGAUUAA